ACAGGGACGUAGUCGGAGAUCCUCUUGGUUUCAAACGCAGAACCUCGGGGAGAAUGGUCUGACGUCUACUCCGAAGUUAAUAAGUAAAAGUCUGUGAUCAGUGGUGAACCCGAUGAGUUGCUAUUCAUGAGAGGGAUACACUUAUAGCUGAAGGAAGAAGUAGAAGCGAGUGAAGGAAGAACAGCAGCCAGAGAAGAAGAAGGAAAGAUGAGAACCCGACUAAAGAUUUCGGGUUUGGUGAAAGUGAUGAUGGUGGCAACACUGGCCGCUCUGCCCAGCCUGAGUUCGGCCCAGUGCUUCGGCGGGACAAUCACCAUGGAGAAGACAGUCGGCGUGGACUUCAACGAAAAUUCUCAGCCCCUUUUGGCUAAGCAAGACGCGGCUGUGACGAGCGAAUGCACGAGCAUCUGCAAAGGCACGCCGGGUUGCAAUGCGUUUACUAUCGAUUACAGCACCUCGAGUUGCAAAUCGUACGACAGGACUUCGAAGGACAGGCGUCGAUCGCUCAUUCCCAAGCAAGGAUUCAACUUCUUCGAGAAAGUGUGUCUUCGUGGAGUCGACUACAAUCAGCUGUGCGGCCAAGAGAGACUGUGGGCCUUCGAGCGCGUGUUAGAUGCCUACCUGGAUGGUUUCGAUAACAAGACCAUUCCCAAUGUCGAUAGUAGGGCUGAUUGCAUGAAGUUCUGCCUGGUUGAGACGGAGUUCACUUGCAGAUCCGCCGAAUAUGACAAGAUCAGGAAACUCUGCCAGCUGAGCAAAGAGGACAGACGGACCCGACCUACCGAUUUCAUUUCUGCGCCAGGAUCCGCCGUCGACUAUUUGGAGAACCAGUGUGUUCGAUCUCUCCCCGACUGCCGCUACGACGUGCAAAAUGACGUGAUGGUGAUUUCGAUGGACUCGCUGGAAUUCGCGAACGUUCAGAACGACUGCCAGAGCCUUUGUGACAAGACGAGGUUCAUGACGUGUCGGUCGUAUACGUUCGAUUCUAGGGAGAAGAGGUGUUAUCUCUCUGGCGAUGAUUCAGUGUCUCUCAACAAGACUGUUUUGCCCAUCAAGGCGGGAGUUGUGACAGGAGAGAAGCAGUGUACAGUCAGUCAGUGCGAGCGCGACCAGGGCACGAUCAUCUACGAGAAAAUCACAGGUCAGACCGUGAGGACAGCGAGGGAAUCACUCUAUAACCUCGACGCUUCUCCAGGAGGCAUUUCAGAGAAAUGCGCACGGCAAUGCAUGGACGACUCAGGCGAGUGCCCUGCCUUUGCCGUCGACUACAUCAACACCCGCUGCUUCAAACUCGACCGUAACACUCAAGGACGAAUUCAAGAUAUUGUCGAGUCCCCGGGGAAGAGUUACUUUGAGAAGACCUGCGUCAGAGCGACCUUGCCCGCCCAGUGUCGAGGGAGCACGUGGCACUUCGAGCGCGUGAUUGGGAAAGAACUACGUGGAUUGGACGACCAGGUUUACAAUCUCGUCCAGAGUCGUAGGGAUUGUAUCGAGCGCUGCCUGCAAGAGACCGCCUUCCAGUGCCGAUCCGCGGAGUACGAUAACACGGAACUCACCUGUCGUCUGAGCAGGAGGGACAGGAGGUCGUCUCCACUAGACUUCGUGGAUUCUGUGUCGCCGACGGUGGAGUACCUCGAGAACCAGUGCGUCCCUGCGGAUGAUACCUGUCCAUACCAACGCUCCGAGAGUGCCUACCCGACGUACCUGGAUGUCACUGUUGAGAAUGUAGUGUCGGAGUUACAGUGCCAGAGAGAAUGUACUAAUUACAGAUCUUUCAACUGCCGCUCCCUCGCCUUCAGACCAACUGGAUCUCAGUGCUUCCUGUCUGGAGAUGAUACAAUUUCCGGCGGAGGGGAAGAUGCCAAACAGAACCGUCCGGGCACCAUCUACUUCGAGAGAGACUGCCUUGGCGGAGGAAGUGGUGGAGGAGGAGGAGGAACUGGAGGCGGCGGCGGGGGAAUUGGAGGCGGCGGUGGAGGAAUCGGAGGCGGUGGUGGAGGAAUCGGAGGCGGCGGUGGAGGAAUCGGAGGCGGCGGUGGAGGAAUCGGAGGCGGUGGAGGAGGAAUCGGAGGCGGUGGAGGAACUGGAGGCGGCGGGGGAAUUGGAGGCGGUGGAGGAGGAAUUGGAGGCGGCGGCGGGGGAAUUGGAGGCGGCGGAGGAGGAAUCGGAGGCGGCGGAGGAGGAAAUGGAAUCGGAGGAGGUAGUGGUGGUGGCUCCGGUAUUGGCGGAGAUCGCUGUUCCCUCGGCGGACUCACCUACGAGAAAAUCACCGGCUACGAGCUCUCCGGAGUGAGGUCGGAGCUCCUGACUUCUAGUGGGACGCCAGGCAUCACCGCGGAGUGCGCCCGCCUCUGCGCCAACACGGAGAACUGCAUGGCUUUCAACCUCGACUACAACAGGAUAGAGUGCUAUUCCUUGGACACACCGGCCGCUGAAGCUCCUAUUAAUCUCAGAACCUCUAGCGGCGUCGCCUACUUCGAGGGAGUGUGUUUGAGGAGUGGCGGAUGUGGCCUUCGCUGGACCUACGAGAGAGUGCCAAACUACGAGCUACGGGGCCAGGAGAGGGACACCUACAGUGGCAUCAGCAAAUCCGAGUGCAUGGAGAAGUGCUUGGAUGAGCGCCGCUUCGUCUGCCGAUCUGCCAGCUACGAGUACGCGAGACGGCUGUGUCGGGUGUCGGAUCAGAACCGGUUCUCUGCCCCGGCGUCGUUCCAGGCGGCCCCCAACGUGGAUUAUAUGGAGAACCAGUGCGCGCCAAAGCCGACCGGAUGCCGCUACACGAACGACCAGCGGGACCGUUUCCUGAUCUACACGACCAAAACAGUGACGGCUUUCAGUAAUGACGAGUGUAUGCGUGCGUGCGACAACGAAAAUGAAUUCAACUGUCGUGCCUAUUCGUUCAUGAGUGCGGCUGGUACUCCCCGUGACCAGUGUUACCUGAGCGGAGACACAGGUACCAACGCUGGCAACAAUGCAUUCCAGUUCAGGUCAGGUGCAAUGUUUGCCGAGAGGGAAUGCACUGACUAUGCAGGCACUGGAGGCACUGGCACUGGAGGUUCUACUGGCGGAGGAUUCGGCGGAGGUUCAGGAGGUUUUGGUGGAGGAAGUGGAGGAGGAGGAGGAGGUGGAGGCACAGGAGGAGGAGGCUUUGGCGGAGGCACAGGAGGAGGAGGUUUUGGCGGAGGAAGUGGAGGAGGAGGAGGAGGUUUUGGAGGAGGCUCAGGAGGCUUUGGCGGAGGUUCUGGAGGAGGAGGAGGAGGAGGUUUCGGCGGAGGAUCAGGAGGAAAUGGAGGCUUCGGUGGAGGAACUGGAGGAGGCUUCGGUGGAGGAAGUGGAGGAACUGGAGGAGGCUUCGGUGGAGGAACUGGAGGAACUGGAGGAGGCUUCGGUGGAGGAAGUGGAGGAACUGGAGGAGGCUUCGGUGGAGGAAGUGGAGGAGGCUUCGGUGGAGGAACUGGAGGAGGCUUCGGUGGAGGAAGUGGAGGAGGCUUCGGUGGAUCAGGCGGAGGAGGCUUCGGAGGAGGCUCCACCGGCAGUGCAGUGUUGAAUUGCCGGUUCUCGACGACUUACGAUAAGGUGAUGGGAGUCGAUCUACGUGGCGCCAGAGAGGAGAUUCGAGCACGUGAUCAGCUGGGCAUCACAGUCGACUGUCUGAAGGAGUGCGACCGGCGGAGGGACAGGUGUCUGGCGGUUACUCUCGAGACGUCGCCCUCGACUGCGCAGAGGUGUUACGCCCUCGAACGCGCCGCUGGUUCCGACCCGGGCGUGCUGACUUCUGCCCCCGAGGUUUCUUACUUCGAGAAGGUCUGCAUUCCGGAAACUACUUGCGGAAAAGCCUGGACAUUUGUUCGUGUGAUUGGCCAUGACUUACGCGUCAAUGGUCGAAUCCUGAACAACGUGCCAACGCGAGAGGAGUGCCAAGCCGAGUGCCUCCGUGCCUCUGACAUCCCUUGCAGAUCUGCGGUGUACGACUUGCGCCAACGUACCUGUAAGCUGAUGGCCGAAACUAGGAGAACGGAUCCGGACAAGUUCGGCUUCAAGUCACGUGAUCUCGAAUUCCUGGAGAACCAGUGCGCCCCCGACCCGCCCAACUGCGACUACGCCAACUACGAGGGCCGAUUCCUACCUUACUUCGAUCGCUUCUUCACCAACGUGUUCGACCCGGCGGAGUGCAAACAGUACUGCGACAGCGAGAGGGACUUCGCCUGCAGGAGUUUCAAUUUCCAGUCUUUCAGAAGAGAAUGUUCACUAAGUUCAGACGACACGUUCACCGUCGGAGGCCAGAAUGCAUUGCAGGUCGAGAGGGAUUACUUCUACUCGGAGAAAGCUGCGUGCAAGACAGUGAAAGUCGACUGCACGCCCACGGAUAUGGUAGUGACUUUCAGCUUCGGCACGGCUUUCGAAGGACGCAUUUACGCCACGGGGAAUGCGCAGGCGUGCUUCGAGAUGGGAAAUCGUCAGACGCAGGUCUUCUUGAGGUUGCCGCUGGGUGCUACUUGUGGAACGCAGGAGGAGGCUCCGGGCAAAUUCGUGAACACGGUGGUGGUUCAACAACACCCUCUCAUCAUGCAAGAAUCGGACAGGACGGUCAGAGUGGAGUGUUCUUUCGAGGCAGGAGACCAGACCGUGAGCUUCGCCCCCCAGGCAGGUGCGGGCAGGACAGGAGGAGGCAUUGAUAUCAACGCCGGUUUCAGACCCGUGGGCGACACCGACAUCAUCAGCAACACCGCCCCCACGCCCACCGUCCGCAUGCGCAUCUACAAGGCCACGGGACAGGAGGCGAACAACGUUGACCUCGGCGAACUCCUGACGCUGAAGAUCGAGAUGGAACAGACCUCCGCCUUCGCCAUCUUCGCCAGGAAUCUUGAGGCCAGGACGGAUAACGGGGAGAUUAUGACCCUUAUUGACAACAUUGGGUGUCCCCGCUACCCCAGCAUCUUCCCAGAACUGCAGGUGGAGGAGCGAACCAAGAGUCUUUUCGGCAACUUCAAGGCCUUCCGGUUCCCGUCCACCGCCAGAGUCAACUUCGUGGCCACCAUCCGGUUCUGCCAGGAACGUUGCGAACCGGUGUCAUGCGGCGCCGGAGUAGUGUCCUACGGCCGCCGCCGCCGCCGGGCAGCGAACUCGACCCUCUACGACGCCGAGUCCAAGGCCUUCCACGAGGACGACCUCGAGGACGACGAGAUGAUCCUCGAGCUGGAGACGGCGGGAUCGACGACCGAGGACGCGUUCACCCUCAGCGUCACUUCCGGAGGCCCACUCGACUCGACGCUCCUCGAGAAUCUGCUCGAUACGACGCGAACCACCAAGCGCUCCACCUCCAGCAGCACUCGCACCUCCAGGAGUACGUCGCCCUCCACUUCGGUUUCCUCUUCCACCUCCACCUCCACUCAGAGGUCGGAUGUGGAUGAGGAUGAGGAGGUGGAGGAGGAGGAGGUGCCCGAGGACAUCCCUGUGGCUCUGUCGCUGGUCGUCGGCGAAGAUACGAUGCCCGAAGGUUGGGACAAACACGAUCGGUAUCGCUAUCGUGACGAGACAUAUGUUGCAGACGACUACGUAUGCACUCCGACCUCCACCGUGAUCGCUGCCGUACUGACGCUGUUGGUGCUCCUGUGUGCUAUAUCCGCCGGUUUCUUUUUCUUUUACCGGUCGAAAAAGCGCCAUUGGCAGAAAAUGGGAAGCUGUGAACCUUUCCCUAUUCCACCACAGCCAAAGAGCCAGUUCUACAACAGCCCAGAAGUCAUGUUCCGAGCUGCAUACGGAGGUUUUCCCGGCCAGUCCAACAUGGCAUCCAACAUGGCGGCUUUUGGCACUCCUCAGGCACUCUCUCCUAUGCACGAGGAAUCACCACAGUACAAGGAAUAAACUAGCCCACGAGCCUCUAUCUUGAGAGUGUGAGAGAUAUAAAAAAAAGUGAAAUAUAUAUGUAUAGCUGAGGUUAUAUGUAUA